UGUAACACUGAGAAGCAAGAGGAGCCCAGCAAAUGCAAAGGGAGUGAAUUAGAUGGCAAAUCAAAACAUGAAUCUAGACUCUGUUAAAAAACUAAUGGAAGAAGAUAUGCAGGUUUUUGAAACUCAACCAAGACAAUCUCAUAAAUUACCUGGAGAUUGCCAACCAGGUGGCCCUCUGUGUGAUUCAAAUCUGCCAUCUCAAAGUUUCUUCCCAUAUUCACUUCAUUAUGCACAUAUGCAUACUAACUACAGCAGUGAUUGGGAAAUUUUUGAAGCAGUAAAAAUUCAGGAACUGGAAGAAGUCAAAGCCAGAGCUGCCCAAAUGGAGAAGACCAUGCGCUGGUGGUCAGAUUGUACUGCUAACUGGAGGGAGAAAUGGAGCAAAGUUAGAGGAGAAAGAAACAAAGCUCAAGAAGAAACAAGGAAACUGAGAAUCAAAUUAGACAGUACCGUAAAAGAACUCGGUAUGCUAAAAAAAAUAAAUCAAGAUUUAGUAAGUGAGAGGGGAAAACUGGAGAAUGUAACUGCUUGGAAAACAGAGUUCAGUUGCUCAGAAAUAUCUCAUGUUAAAAAAGACCUGAACAAGUUAGCCUUUCUGAAGCAAGAACCUGUAAAAGAAGUGAACAAACCCAACGAGAUUCCUGAGACAGAAGACACAAGGAAGGAAGCAGAGGUAAUUGAAUACCAAAGCAAUCACAAUAAAAAAAUCAUUCCAAAGCCUCGUAAUUCUGUUCCCAAUGGAGUUCCCGGCAUAUAUUUGGAGGAAUCUAAAAUUUUGGACAAUACAGCUAAGACAACAGAGAAUGACUUCAUACAUCUUUCCGUCUUGCAUUUGCAUUUGGCCGAAAUGCAGAAAAUCCUACAGAAGGAAAGAGAAAUGAAUGCAUUUCUGGAAAAAGAAAUGGAAAAGAUAGAAAAUGAAUUGUUUAUUUGGAAAUGGAAAUAUGAAGAACUGAGACAAAUCAAGUUGGAAAGCCUGAAACAGGUCUCACAACACUUUUUUCUCCGGCUGUGCAGCAAAAGUGAAAACAAGUCUACACAAGUUACUUGCACAAUGGAUGAGCUGGAAAGGCUGCAGUCUGAGAAUACCUCUGAAUGGGGAAAGAAAGAGAUACUUGAAGCAGAAAAGAAAAGUUUGGAAGGAGAGAACAAAAGAUUCAAGUUGCAGAGUAAGGAGACAGAAGAAAGUGAACUCUGGAUUUGGGACAAGACAAAGUUCCUCGUAUGUUGCUGGAGAUUCUACCAAGACAGUGAAUGAAGAUGUGGGAGAUCGUCAAACAACCCUGAAGCAGCAAGGCUAACCAUAAAGACAAGAAACAAAGAGCUUACACUCUUUAUAAAGACUUAUAGGAAAAUUUCACUGAAAAAAAGCGUAUCAGACACAUAUAUAACACUUAUGCAUCAUUUUUUGUUGGCAGUUGCCUGUCCUUCAUUUCCAGUUGUCUUAUGCUCUCUUCUAAACCAAAAGGUGUACAUUAGCAACAGGACAACGGGUAAUGGGAUGAAACUGGAACACAAAAAGUUCCACUUACAUAUAAGAAAAAACUAUUUCACUGUGAGGGUGAUGGAGCAGUGGCACAGGCUGC